UGUCCAUUAUUUUCUUCUGGGUCUUUCAUACGCGUGUUUGUGCCUCUUCCCGAAUCGCCUUGUUCAACUCUAUUGCCUGUUCACACACCCCUGCCCCAUCGACAACUAUGCGAGCUUGAGAAUAUCUCGAUCUGAGUUUCCUGUUCUGUUUUGUUCAUCCAUGCAUCCGUGAUCGAAAUGACGGUCGCCAGAGAACGACUGAUACGCCCGACCUUUGUCAGGGUGCGCGCAUACAUAGUGCAUACCUCACUUUCCAUUGAGGGCUGCAUCCGGCAACAAUGCCUACCUUCCCUCGAGUUCUUCCUGCCCUUAUCUUCCUGUCCAUUUCUUCCCUCAUCGAGGCCUCGUUCAUCGUAGACUCGAUCUCGCAGACACCCUUGACGUGCGUGCCAUUGCUGUUACAAUGGCAGGGCGGAUUAGGUACGUAUGGUUGCGACACUGCUCCCUUGUUUCCACUAUCAGUUCAGGCCCGUGGAAUUUCGUGCGCAUGACUGCAUCCCCCUCACGGUGUAUACGCACUGACCUGAUCUACAGCGGUGAGUAGUCGAGAAUGCCUGGGAGAUGUCUGCUGACUUGCUGCGUUGAUCCAGUGUGAGAUCAUCUGGAGGUCUUCUACAAAUCCUGGGCUCGUUCUCGUUCUAGUGGACGGCGAAUUUCCCCGCUGGCGUGCAAAUGACAGCCGAAGUCGCAGAUUCGACCGGGCAGACCGCCGUCUUGGAUGCGGUGAUAGUUCAGACUGGACGUGCGGCUGUUCUCGACUGAAAUAAAGCGAAGACCUGGCAACACUACAGAGACCGACUGCCUGGCUACUGUAUCCGACUC